CUUCCGUGUGACCCACAUCGAGGAAAGUAGCAACUAACAGACGUUAGUGUGAACAGCCACCACCACCUUGGUAAUGGCGCAGUCUUUGUUUGAAGCACUCACAGCCGGGUCCAGUGCUACAGAGAAUCAAACAGCCCUGGCAGUCCAAUCUUUACUGGAAUCUCAGAAUGUCACAGAACAACCUCAAACACAACAAGAAGAAGAUGAUAUAUUUCAAUGUGGACGAUGCAAAAAACAGUUCACGUCUCUCACGGCAUUUGUCACUCACAAACAAGUACGAUGUGCCCUGCCUGUUGUGGCACAGAACUCUCUCCGAGCGCCGAACACAAACGUCACUGGAACAGUUGUUUCUCAAGCUACCCCACCCAACCAGAAUGUUUCUUAUACAAACGCAAAUCAGCAAAUUCAACGGCAGCAACAGAAAACCUUUACUGGCCAACAAACUACAGAACCCCAAUAUGAAAUCCAGCCCAUUCUGACAUACAGUGCAGUACCACAAUCUCCACUUAACCAACUGGCCCAGAACAUUCUCACAGAAGAACUCAUGUCCCUGAACAUGGACCAAAAUCUGCAACAUGUCCAAACAAUGCAAACAGCAGCAGUUCAACCUGGUUCUUUCCUCUCUCCGGUGAUGUCGACAGUUCCUAAUGCUGUGGCUCGAAACUCCGCAACGCCAAACAUUACCACCAUAUUCAGCAACGUCACCUCCUCCGCUGCCGUCACCAACAACAACAACAAUACCACUGUCUACACCAGCGACCCUGUUGUCAGCCAGCAGUUGCAGGCCAUAACGCAACAAGUGCAACCAAUUCAACAACAACAGCAACAACAACAGCAACAACAACAGCAGCAACAACAGCAGCAACAGCAGCAGCAACUGUCACAACAACAGCAACAACAAAACAUGAACACUACUACCUUGACCACUCAAACCACUGAUAAAAUAUUCUAUCAACAAGCCCAACUGCAGCAGCAGCAGCAGCAGCAACAACAGCAACAGCAGCAGCAGCAGCAACUGCAGCAAGUGCAACAACAACAGAAUGGCAAUGCGGUGACUAUUACAGCGACAAGUAUUGGUGUCCUUAACAAAGCUCAGGUCCAUCGGUCAGGUCGGAAGGUGUUACAGUCAAACAACAUCAUCACCAUCUUGCCGUCGGUUCAACAAGAUGUUGACCUUCAGCAGCCACUGAAACUCCGCAGUGUGAAGGAGACGAUCAUGUCUGCUGCGGAGAGCAGUGAUAAUCGUACGGGAAACUGGAGUAAGAAAAAACUUCAAUGUGAGCUCUGUAAUAAGUAUUUUGCCAAAAACUUUGAUCUCCAGCAGCAUAUCCGUUCUCAUACGGGUGAGAAACCAUUCCAGUGCAUCGUCUGUGGUCGAGCAUUUGCCCAGAAGUCGAAUGUCAAGAAGCAUAUGUCUACUCAUAAGGUCUGGCCGAGUGGCAUGGGUUCCACAUUGCCUCAGCAACCGUCUCCACAGCCGUCAUCUGCUGAUGAGGCAGAAGCUGAUAUCACCGAAGAGCCUACUAUACCCAUGCCUCAACCUGAUUCAACUUGUGAGGAGAUGACAGAGGAAGAACAAAAACUAAAUGUCGUUGUUGACAACUCCUACCUGUGCCAGUAUUGCCCUGAGAAGUUCAAGUCUUACUUCCAACUGAAAUCUCAUAUGGUCCAACACAAGAGUCAGCAGGUAUACAAGUGUGUUGUGAAGUCGUGUGGACUAACAUUUAAGGAACUUGAACUCUUCCUUACUCACACGAAAAGUCACGAGGAAGACAUGAGUUAUCGGUGUCAUGUCUGUUCAAAGCAUUUUGCUACUCUUUAUGAUCUUGGAGUGCACCAAUUCUCCCAUAGUGUUUGUGAGGAUACUAUUAAUCGAAACGGUCCAAGGCAUUUCCAGUGUACCAAAUGUCUAAACAAGUAUUCCACACCAGAAGCUCUGGAACACCAUUUAACCACAUCAUCUCAUGAAUUUCCCUGUCCACAUUGUAAAAAAAUAUUUCCCUGUGAACGAUACCUUCGCCGUCACCUGCCAACACAUGGAAGUAUAGGUCAGUUUCCCUGUAACAUUUGUCAGAAGAGAUUCAAGACAGAACAUUAUCUGAAGAUGCAUGUCCUCAUUCACAGUGGAGAGAAACCAUUCCAGUGUGAGUCUUGUGCAGCAGCAUUUAACAGGAAGGACAAACUGAAAAGACACAUGCUUAUUCAUGAAUCGGUCAAGAAACAUAAAUGUCCAUUCAAAAGCUUUACAGGUUGCACAAAAGAGUUUAACAGACCAGAUAAGCUGAAAGCCCACAUCAUUACUCACAGUGGAGUGAAACCAUUUAAAUGCAAGGAAUGUGGAAAAGGGUUCAGUCGUCGUCCUCACUUGGUGGAACACGAAAGGGGACACAAAGCAGAUUACAGAUUCCAGUGCCAGAAAUGUGGUCGUGGGUUUUUCAGGCCCAAACUUUUCCACGACCACAAAUGCCAUCCGGUGAAGUUGGGAGCAGAUCCACAAAUAUUCCGGCCACGUAACCGACGGAAACUGGGUCGACCUCGCAAACGCAUGAUCACUGUAACUUCCGAGUCGUUGAACAAGGAAAACAGUGGGAAAGGAGUGGCUCCGAAGAGACGUGGACGUCCUCGGAGCAACGCAACAUCAGGGGUGACCACUCGGCCAACUGAAAACAGCAUAGUACAGCAGGUUGCAUUCAAUCACACUACAAAUAAUAACAACAACAACAACAAUAACAACAACAACACACUGCCGAAUUCAGAACCCGUUGUGUUAGACACGUCGUCUGCCAUGAAUGGGAUUUCUGACAAGGCUGGUGCAUUGGACAUACAAACUAAUCCUACAGUUACAGCCACUGCUCUUUCUGGAGCUCAAGUAUUAGCUCAGGCAGCUACUGUUCAUCAACCAUCUUCUGACAACUCUCUCCAGCAGCUCAUUCCAACAGCUACCUCAAUAGACAGUUCAGGUAACAUAAAUGUCAACGUAAAUGGUAACGAACUGUCAGCCAAAGCUACAGAUGCAGUGAUUGACCAUUACGUAGUGCACUUCACAGAAUCCACAGACUCGCACGGCACCACCAUCCAUGCUCAACUUAUCCCAGCGUACCCAUCAGCAGCUUCUGUGAUGCCGGCUAACACAUCGGCAUUGCAGCCCAUCACCAUUAUUGAAGCACAGCCGGUAACUGUGGCAUUACCUGCAGUGGCCGACACUCCUGCCAUACAAGCUGCAACUCUGCCAACAGAUGCUCAACAAACAUUCACCCAUUCUGCUACCUUAGCAGAGUUUGGUACCGAAAGUCUGCUUAAAGACACAGAUGCUGUCAUGUGAUACUUGGCAACCUAUUGGAAACCAAAGCCUCAGGAUUUUAUUUUCUGCUAUGUCCCCUGUAUCUCUCUCACUCUGUUUUGUUCUUGUUAUCUACUCAGAUCAAAAGAAAAACGUUUCAUAUCAUACUGCCAUGUUUUCUUAAUAACAAAUGAAUAGUUAAGAAACUUUCUACACCAUGUUAAUGUAUCUAUGCUUUUUAUGUGAAAUACAUUCAGAGUACACUUGAGAUAUAUAUAUAUAUAUAAGGGCAUCCAGCUGUUGAAACUCUGUCAAAUCAGAUUGGAGCCUGGUGUAGCCAUCUGGUUUCACCAGUCCUCAGUCAAAUCGUCCAACCCAUGCUAGCAUGGAAAGCGGACGUUAAACAAUGAUGAUGAUGAUGAUAUGUAUAUAUAUAUGUGUGUAUAUAGAGUUCCUGUUCCUUGGUUGCCAAACAAAGGACACUACUGAUCCUCAACUGUUUUGCUCCAACAAUUAAGAAAUGUUUCUGGGGCUCUUGUUAGAAGUGUAAAUGCAUUCUUUAAACCAGUGGUUCCCAAAGCGGGUGGCAUUGCCCUCUGAGGGCAGUGGAAACUUCCAUGGGGGGGGGGCGUUGAAGAAAAUUGGGGCAAUGAUGGGGGUAGCGAUUCAUGUAAAAAAUUGGGGUGAUAAUAGGGUGGCGAUUCAUGUAAAAACAACAAAAUAAUGGGUUCAUCAUGUUUUAUUUGAGAAAUACAGUUGCUUUGAAGUUGCUUCAGAAAGAGGUCUAUGUUUGUGAUGGUUAAUUUGGGCAGGGGACGCUAGGAAUGUUGCCUCGGUGUCAAAGCGGCAGCAGCCUGAAAAAAUUUGGGAACCACUGCUUUAAAUGGAUAUUGGAUAUGUUGUUAACUAUUUGAAACUUCCUGUGUUAUAAUAAUGUUGUUUGGCCUGUUUAGGGAAAUCUGCAGAUGAUUAGGAAUAGUCAAAUAAGGUAGGGGGGAAGGCGGAAUUAAAAAGGGUGACGGGGGGAGGAACUAAUCCCUUUGUAUAUUUAUUUCACUGUUCUCCCCCUCCUCCUCCUUUCUCUCUUUACAUAUCUACACUCCACAACAGUGGAAAUAUUACCAUUUGUGAAUCCUGGAUUUCCAGAUACCUAGUCAUAUUAGAUUACAUAGUAAUUUAAUUACUGUGUGACCUGAUAGCUCGUUACUCAGCUGGAGUGCUUACCAUGAGUUUUACCGGAUUCUCUGAAUCUAACUUUCUAUAAUUUAUGAAGUUGAUCCUGAAGGUCAACGUACCUUGGCUGUUAUAACUAAACUUGACCUCAUGGAUGCUCGUACUGAUGCUAUGGAAGUACUCUGUGGACAUAUAUUUAUAUACAUACAUUACACUCUUGGAGUGAAUGGCAUUAGGAAGGGCAUCCAGCUGUAGAAACCAUGCCAACUCAGAUUGGAACCUGGUGCAGCUCUCCAGCUUACCAGUUCCAGACAAACCGUCUAACCAUAGCCAGCAUGGAAGCGCUCCCCAAUUUCUUUGUUGUGUACAGCUUAGGUCAUAGGUGGGACAUGUAAAUGUUUGAUUUGAAGGGAGUCAGCUGCUACUCUGCAUGCAAGAUUCUUUUCUUGCUUCUCCUGGUAGCAUAUCAUAACUAGAGGAGGUAGACUCGGUUGUAUUCUGGCUCAUCUUGUUCCAAUAUAAUUAAACCUUGGGAGAAGCAUUAUGCCGGUAAUAAAUACACGCACUGGUUCAGUCCUUUAUUAAUUUAUAAACCGUAUUUAAAAACUAAAAACUAAAUACUGUUUAUAAAUAAAUAAAGGACUGAACCAGUGCGUGUGUUUAUUACCGGCAUAAUGCCUCUCCCAAGGUUUAAUUGUAUUUCUUUCAACACACGUAUCCACAUCAAGAAUCUUGCACACGAAAUACACAUACGAAAUAUGAUUGUUCCAAUAUAUUUUUCAUUCAUGUUAUCACUCUGCUAUACAGAAGGAUGCAAAGGGAAGUGGGAGUCAAUAGGGAACCUUUCCAACUCAUUAUCUUCAAUCCUCUUCAGUAUUGUGAACGGCAGGUAGCAAUAUCUCCUGUAGCUGCUCUUUCAUUUUCCUCAUUGCUUCACACUACCUGGCAUUUCCUUGGUGCAACUAAAUGUAGGGCAUCCUGUGAGGGAGAGAUUAGUCACACAUAGGUACUUCAUGUCCAUGCCAUCUCAGCUGGUGCCUGUAUCAUUUGGAUUCAUUGCUGCUUCUGCUGAAUUUCUGUAGGCUUAUCAUAUCUUGUUCAGUAAACUGGAGCAACGUGAAGUAAAAUACCUUGCUCCAGUCCACUCAGCUGACAAGAAUUAGUUAUACCUGUAUUUCAAAGGGCUGGCUUCGUCACAAUCUGUAUCAUGCUGAAUCUCCCUUAGAACUACUUUAAGGGUAUACAUGCCUAUGGAGUACUCAGCCACUAGCAGAUUAAUUUCACAAGCAGGAUGUUGACUUAGUUGUAUGCAGAAAUACGAGGGGCUGCUGAAAAGUUCUGGGUGUUGGGUAAAAAAAAAAAAUGAUUUUAUUCAACAUAUUCCCCUCUGAUUCACACAUUUAUUGCAGUGGCCCUUUUUUUAAGCCCUGUGAAAGAACUUGGCAGGUUGGGCCUCCAACCAGGCCUUUCGUAAUACCCUUAAAGCCAGGAACUUUUCAGCACCCCCUCAUAUAUUUCAAGCUUUCAUGUGUUGUGAGUCCAUAGAUCAGCUUUGAAAAGUUCUUUUCCCAAUACCUGGUCAGCAGGGUGGGUUUGUGUUUUUAACGGAAAACAAACAGUUGCUUGUACAUACAAGUCCCCGCUCUUUCCAUGACACUGACCUUGUUCAACAAAAAAUUAAAGUAAAUAGCUUGGCACUGGUGUUGUCACAGGGGUUGAUGUCAGAAUGUAAAGUGUUAACACAGAUACAGCAAGUUAUCUCGUCUUAAGCUCCAACAGCUCUGCCUACCUCCACUUAUCCUGGACUAGACACGACAUCUCUCUCUCUCUCUCUCUCUCUCUCACAUACAUUCGCACAUUUUCACUCCAUCUCCCUCUCUCCUUUACUUAGUCACAUCCUCCUCUCUCAUUCACACACUAUACUCUCCUUUUCCAUUCACACACUCUUUCUUCCUUAGUUACAAACUACUCUCUGUUAGUCACUACCCUAUCUGUCUCUUACAUUCGAAACCCCCUCUCUCAUUCUCCGUGGAAAUACAUGUGUGAUUGCGAAUAUGCUUAUAUGUGCAUGCAUGCAUGUGUGUAUGUGUGUGUGUGUGAUUGGCUUUGUAUCACUGUUCUACUCAGUAUUCUUCUAUCAAGGGAUAGAAAAGAACUCAUUAUUCCUACACUCUCUGAGUGGUUGGCGUUAGGAAGGGCAUCCAGCUGUAGAAACUCUGCCAAAUUAGACUGGAGCCUUGUGUAGCCAUCCGGUUUCACCAGUCCUCAGUCAAAUCGUCCAACCCAUGCUAGCAUGGAAGGCGGACGUUAAACGAUGAUGAUGAUGAUGAUGAUUCCUGCUUGUUAAAAUAUGAACGAAACUGGUUUGUCUUCUAAAGCUACGGAACAUUGUUAUUUAAAACAGAAUUCCAACAGAUCUUUUCACCAACAUUUCUUGUAUUUACCAUCAGAAUAUUUAUUAAAAUAUUUAAAAUUCAAUGAGAAAAAAAUUCAAAAAAAAAUAAUAAUAAAUAAAUAAAUAAAUAAAACUGAACAA